GCAAGAGAACUACUGAAUAAAGUGAAGGACAGAAGUGAAUUUUAUCACAUGAUUUGAAGGUGGUGGUUCAAGUCGUUUAUUUAAUUGUAGUUAAUUCCUUAAAUUAUAUUUAAAAGAAAAUGGCAAUCUGUGGACACAAAUUAUCCCUUUGUGGGUUAAUCCUAAGUGUUUGGGGCAUCAUACAGCUGUCUCUAAUGGGUAUAUUUUAUUAUAUUCGAUCGGUAGCGCUAUUUGAAGACGUUCCUGGAUUGGAACACGAAGGUACAUUUGAUUCAAUACAGAAAUUUUACGACGAUGCAGAUCAAGGGUACCUACAGAACGCAUACAACUGUUGGAUUGCAGCAUGUUUGUAUAUUAUAACAUUGGCAUUCUCGGGACAUCAGUUCUGGGUCAAUAGUCGUUCAUCUUUACGAGUAUAAGAAACGUACUUGUGGUUUAUUUGUUGUAUAUAUUGUAGUUAAUGUCGUUAACUUCUCUCAUAAGUAAAUAUCAUUCCUAUAAAUGCUGCACAAAUAUUUUGCGAUUCUUUAGAAUUGUAUAUUAUGUGAAUUACAGUCGAAGUAGUGUAUAAAUUGGUAUUAUUUAAAUGUUUAAUUAGAUAUAGCGCGGGUUGUUGGUACCUACAAUGUGAUACCUUCUGUGUAUAAAUGUCUUAAACUCC